CGCCGCGCGGAGGCGGGGUCGCCCGCAGAGUUAAGUGCGGCCGAGGCCGGGCCACCGGGUGUCCCCCCGCCCGAUGCCAUGGACAAGGAUCGCGCCUCCGCCCGCCUGCGCGUCUUGCUGCGACACCUCGGCGGCCGCUCGGCCGGGGCCGUCAUAGCGCACCACACUUCAGGGACUGUUUCUCCUGCCAGCUUCCAUCCUCAACAAUUCCAGUAUACUCGGGAUAAUAAUGUUCUAAGCCUAGAACAGAGAAAAUUUUAUGAAGAAAAUGGAUUUCUUGUCAUUAAAAAUUUGGUGUCUGAUGCUGAUAUUCAGUAUUUUAGGGAAGAGUUUGAAAGAAUCUGCAGAAAGGAGGUGAAACCACUGGGAUUGAUGGUGAUGAGAGAUGUGACCAUUGCAAAAUCAGAGUAUGUGCCAAGUGAGAAAGUGAUUACCAAGGUCCAAGAUUUCCAAGAAGAUAAGGAACUCUUCAGAUACUGCACCCUCCCUGAGAUUCUGAAAUAUGUGGAGUGCUUCACUGGACCCAAUAUUAUGGCCAUGCAUACAAUGCUGAUAAACAAACCUCCAGAUUCUGGCAAGAAGACAUCCCGUCACCCCUUGCACCAGGAUCUGCACUAUUUCCCCUUCAGGCCCAGCAAUAGCAUCGUUUGUGCCUGGACAGCCAUGGAGCACAUCGACCGGAACAACGGCUGUCUGGUUGUGCUCCCAGGGACACACAAAGGCCCCUUGAAAACACACGAUUAUCCCCAGUGGGAGGGAGGGGUUAACAUCAUGUUCCACGGGAUCCAGGACUAUGACAAAAAUAAUGACCGGGUGCACCUCCUGAUGGAGAAAGGAGACACCGUUUUCUUUCAUCCUUUGCUCAUCCAUGGAUCUGGUCGGAACAAAAGUCAAGGAUUCCGGAAGGCAAUUUCCUGCCAUUUUGCGGAUGCCAACUGCCACUACAUCGACGUGAAGGGUACCAGUCAAGAAAACAUUGGAGAGGAAGUUUUAGAGGUAGCCAGUAAAAUCCAUGGAGUGAAAGACGUCAGCCUGAAGGAUGUUUGGAGAUUUCGAGCACGCGUUGUGAAAGGAGAAAGAAUCAACCUUUGAAAUAGCCCUUUGCUCGAACUCUUUUCAAGAAAACCAGGAUGGAACAAGGUCUCGGAGGAAAACCUUUUCUCAAUGAGAUGAUGUAAUCUUUUCUAUCCACUUGAUAGCAAAAUCGAAGUGCACAGAUCCGGUACUUAAUUGCAUACGGGUAAUUCUGCAGCACGGUGGCGUGGCUUUAAUGGACAUAAAAUUAGUAAAAGUGAAAUAUUACUGUUUUAAGGAAAACUUGGGGUUGCAACUAAUAAAGGU